GCCCCCCAGGAGCUGGAGUCUAGCCUAGGGACUCCAGGAGUCUGGCCUCAGGAGACAGACAGGACAAGUCCCACCACCGCUUUGGCCCGUGGACGGAGUAUUCUCCGAUCGCAACCAUGUACCAUCUCGCCAAGUCGCUCUAUCUCUACGCGACCAGCAAAGAAGAAUACUCCGUGCUGCUGCUCGGGCUCGACAACGCCGGCAAGACGACCCUCCUCUCCCAGAUCAAGGCGUUUUAUCUCCCCCGCCCCGAUGGCGCUCCAGCGCCCAACCCAGGCAAAACGGUGCCCACCGUCGGCCAGAAUGUCGCGACUAUCCCCUUGCCGGACAUGUACCUGAAGAUCUGGGAUGUUGGUGGGCAGAUCUCCAUGCGAGGCCUGUGGCAAAGCUACUACGCCAGCUGCCACGCCAUCAUCUUCGUUGUGGACAGCACAGAUGUCGGCCAGGACCCGGACAUCACGCGGUUACCCUCAUCCGCCAGCAGGCGCCCGAGCUCCGCUUCGGGCCCGUCAGGGAACAACCCGGCCACCAGCCCCUCGCCGUCCUUCUCGGAACAGAUGGCGGGAAUCAACGCGGCAAGCGAUUUCGGCCGGUUGGACGAGUGUCGCCAGGUGCUCGAGUCGGUCCUGCAGAGCGCUGAUGUCGCCGGGGUGCCGAUUCUUGUCCUGGCGAAUAAACAGGACCGCGAGGAUUGUGUCGAGGUGGUGCGCAUCAAGGAAGGCUUCGUCCGCAGGGUCUUUGAAGGCGAAAAGGGCGGUGGCGUCCGUGAUAGUCGCGUGCUUCCUGUCAGUGCUCUUCUCGGCUCGGGUGUCCAGGAAGCCGUCGAGUGGGUGCGAAGUCGCGUCAAGUGGAACAAAGAGGGCAGGCCGCCAGUAAUGAAAUGAAUGCGGAAUGCCCACGCGGCGGCAGUUGAGGCUGCAGCCAGAGAAGGGCAUAUUGGGAUGCCCUUUUACCACUUUCUCUCUCCAGGCGUUCGGGAGUCUUGUGUUUUCAUACCCCAUUUAGAUACCUUAUUAGAUUUUUGUCUUGGUGACCUAUAUAUUGUGCUUUAAGCUUGCAAUUGUCAGUAUUGGCGGUUGAAUAUCAGAGAUGUAAUAUUCUACGUAAACUAGACCGAGUGCCAUUCCUUUUCCAAACAGAACGGCGAGGACUUGUAU